GGGGAGCCCGCCGGGAGACUGGGGGCGCCUCAGGCGUCAGCAUUAGCCGCGUCUCCGCUCCGGGCCCUGGGCCGUGAGCGACCCCGAGGCUUGAGAGGGGCCCCCCGGCUAGGACCGAGGCAGCAUGAGCGUGGCGGAGGUGGAGGAGCUCGUCUCCCAGAAAUACGAGAUCAAGAAGCGCCUGGGCAAGGGGGCCUACGGAAUUGUUUGGAAAGCAAUUGAUCGCAGGACAGGAGAAAUAGUUGCUGUCAAGAAGAUCUUUGAUGCUUUUAGGAACAGAACAGAUGCUCAGAGAACAUUCCGGGAAAUUAUGUUCCUGCAGGAAUUUGGAGAACAUCCGAAUAUCAUCAAGCUGCUUAAUGUCAUCCGAGCUCAGAAUGACAGGGAUAUUUACCUGGUUUUUGAAUCUAUGGAGACAGAUUUACAUGCUGUGAUCAAGAAGGGUAAUUUGCUGAAAGACAUCCACAAGUGUUACAUCCUCUACCAACUCCUGAAGGCCACCAAAUUUAUCCACUCAGGGAAUGUCAUUCACCGGGACCAGAAGCCCUCAAAUAUCCUGCUGGAUGCAGACUGCUUUGUUAAGCUUUGCGAUUUUGGACUGGCUCGCUCCCUGUGUCAGAUCCAUGAAGACCAAGGCAGCCCUGCACUGACAGAGUAUGUGGCAACACGCUGGUACCGAGCCCCUGAGAUCCUGCUUUCCUCUCAUAGCUACACAAAGGGCGUGGACAUGUGGAGUAUUGGCUGUAUUCUCGGGGAGAUGCUGCUUGGAAAACCUCUUUUUCCUGGAACAUCCACAGUGAAUCAGAUAGAGCAGAUCUUGAGUGUCAUUCCUGCCCCAUCCCAGGAAGAUAUUUUAGCUAUCCAUUCAGACUACAGAGCCUCUGUUAUUAACCGCAUAAGCUCCAGACGACGAGUGACAAUUGAGGAAAUUUUACCCCCCUCUACCCCCCCUCAUGCCUUGGACCUUCUAAAGAGGCUCUUAGUAUUUAACCCUGAUAAACGGCUGACCGCAGAAGAGGCCCUGCAACAUCCCUAUGUGAAAAGGAUCAGCAAGUGCCAAAAGAUCCUGACUCUCAAGGUCAGUCCGUAUCCAACCAGAGAUCGUUUUCACUAUCCAGUCAGGCACAGGAAGCUGCUAUCCACAAUCACCUGACCAGGAAGGACUCUCCCAUGAUGGUUGGGGUGACAGCAGCCAGUACCAGACUAAAUCCAAGGAACCCACAGUUUCCCAGCAGGGAUGCGCACCCUCUUCUGAAGUCCAGUAAAAAGAUGUUUCAGGUCACAGCAAAUAUGGGAGCUGCUGGAGAUCCCAAGGCAUCGAUGGGCAGUUACUCCCAGUCCUAUGGGACCAUCUGUAAAUCUGCACUCCAGAAUCUUCCAAUAUCAAAUUCCUGCCAACAGGCACCAGCAUUGAAUACGUACCAGCACUGACCAAGUGGAGUACAGCCCAAUCCAUCCAUCCACAGGCCCUGUAGGGAACAAACAGCUGGGGUACAACUCCACUCCCAGGCAUUUGGCAGGACCCAAUGCUAGAGAAGUACUGCCUGCACUCACCAUAUGGGGCACAGUGCCACUUUCUCUGAGCAAGAUAGCAAGAAUGGUCUGGAAUUCUGAUCCUUUUAACUUCUCAAGCCUGUGCAAAGACACAAGGUAGGCAGGGGACACAGCAUCAUUUGUUUCCAUACAACGCUGUAGGCACAGUUUAUCUUUACAUACUAUUCCUCAUAUUCAGUAUCACUGAUAGCUACAGAAAGGUGCUUUAUUCUGCUACUGGCUUGUGUUGUUAGAUAUAUCCAGACUGAUUUGUCCAUCUCUAUUGGCCUCAAUCUGUUUGUGUUCACUGAAUCCAAACUUUGGAGUGGGGCAGGUAACUAAGAAUAGACCAUUCUCUGAAGCUCAGGAAGACUAAAUUUACCAUGGAUAUCUUGAUCUCCCUUCACUUUAUGUUCCCAGUAAUUCCCAUGUCCUUUUGGGGUACAAAAACGGUUAUUAACAUUCUCUCACUCCAAUAAAGUAGUUUCCUUUCCUUAUGUAUUUUUCUCCAGUGUAUUUAAUACUAUAACUAUCAUGUGUGGAUAUACUCUUGUAUGUAUUGUAAUAAUAAACUGCUUAUAUUUCA